AUGGCUGGGGAGAUGAAGGACCCGGUGCUGUGGGAGGCCAUGGCCAUCAUCGCCGGUGGGUCGGUUGCCGGUAUGGCGGAGGGAAUGACGACGGUCAAUCGGCUGCGCUCGAACUACGUGCGCCAAUACCUGGCCCGGCUGCGCUACGUCGGCAUCGACAAGCAGGCGAACGCGCUGCAUCCCGACCUGGCGGCGGUGAUGCAGUGA